AUGAUGAUAAGUGGGGCAGAUCGUACUGGAAGCAUCAGUACUCUUGAUUCCUUAGAUUUUGCAAGAUACUCUGAUGAUGGCAAUAGGGAAACGGACGAGAGAGUAGCAGUCCUGGAGUUUGAACUACGGAAAGCCAAGGAGACAAUACAGGCCCUCCGAGCCAACCUGACUCAGGCUGCAGAAAAUGAAGUUCCUUUGCAGGAACGAAAAAAUUAUAAAUCAAGUCCUGAAAUUCAGGAGCCAAUCAGACCUCUUGAGAAAAGAGCUCUAAACUUCCUAGUUAAUGAAUUUUUAUUGAAGAAUAGUUACAAGCUUACAUCAAUAACAUUUUCAGAUGAAAAUCAUGAUCAGGAUUUUGAACUCUGGGAUGAUGUAGGAUUGAACAUUCCAAAACCUCCUGACCUGUUACAACUUUAUCGUGACUUUGGAAACCAUCAUGUUACUGCGAGAGAUGUGGUGGAUGUAUCAGUUGGUGUAGAAGAUGAUGAGUUAGAGGCUGCUACUCCUAUACUUGGGACCAUCCCUGUGUUUGAAACAACACCACAGUCAAUAGAACAAUGUUUAAUAGUGCAAAAAUUAGAAGAUCAAAUUAAUGUGUUAAACAGUGAGAAAUGGUCUUUGAUGGAACAAAUCCAAAGACUUGAGAGUGAAAUAGAUUUUCUCAAGAAUGAAAACUUUGCUGUGUCAACAGUUUAUGGUGUAGUUCCCCAUCCUUCUUUAAAACAAGUGCCUCUCACAGUCUCAGAGGACAGUGGACAGUACUUGGAUAUCAAGAGCUCUGAGAACAACAAUAAACAUGGAAACACUGAGGAAACAAGCCUUUCUUUAUCAGCUGAAGUGGAUUCAAGAACUUCUAAAGAUGAUGUGCUAAAUUCUGCACCCUGUAAAGAAGCAGAGAAACCGUCCUCUUGUGCUCAAUCAACUAAAGCUACAGUCCAUUUCGAUAAACCUAAUAGGAAAUUGUCACCAGCUUUCCAUCAAGCACUACUGUCUUUCUGUCGGAUGUCAGCAGACAGCCGUUUGGGAUCAGAGGUAUCUCGGAUUGCAGACAGUGAAAAAAGUGUCAUGUUAAUGUUGGGACGCUGCCUGCCUCAUAUUGUUCCUAAUGUGCUGCUUGCAAAGCGAGAGGAAUUGAUCCCACUCAUACUGUGUACAGCCUGCCUCCAUCCUGAACCCAAAGAGAGAGAUCAGCUUCUACACAUACUGUUCAAUUUGAUCAAACGACCAGAUGAUGAGCAAAGGUGUGUUUGCGCUUGUGUGUUGCGGGACAAGAAGGAACUUUUUUCUUUGUCAGAGAAGCAGAACUAAUAGAAACUGGAUAUUGUUGGUUGAUUUUAACCAAGUUUCACUUAAGCUGAUAUUUUGCUGAUAUAAUGGUGACAAAUUUAAGUGGACUUUGGGACUUUCCAUUUCCAUGACCGGUAUUUUCUAGUUACUGCAAUGUAAGAAAGUGCUUGGUAAGCUGCAGUGUAACAUUUCAGUUCCUUUUUUGUUUAAAGAUGA